CAAAUAGCUGGUAGACCGGUCGAAACUUCUGGGUUCACCCACGCUUCUAAUAUGGUAGUAGAAAAAUUUUACCCAAGCUAAAAUCAAAUCAAUGAAUCCAAGACCCAAACUAAGAUCACCACCCCCCUCCACCAUCAAUUCCCCUCCUCCUCCUCCUCCUCGUAUUAACGACAACAAAAUGCCCAGGAAAUUACCUACUCUAACACUUGCUACUACUUUAUUCACUAUUUUAGCAUUAUAUGCUUUCUUUAACACUUUCAUCUUCUCCAAUCCACCUAACAAUGCCACCACUGUUAGUUUCAGUCGAAAUUCUAACCCCCGCAAUUCUUUUGAUAAUUCUGUUAGAGUUUACAUGUAUGAUUUGCCUAGGAAGUUUACGUAUGGUGUUAUUGAGAGUUACACGUUGGCCAGGGGUGGGGAGAAGAAGACUGAUGAUUCGUUGCUUAAGUAUCCCGGGAAUCAGCAUUCUGCUGAGUGGUAUUUGUUUGAUGAUUUGAAUAAACCAGAUUCAGAACGGGUCGGGUCGGCUGUGGUUCGGGUUAUGGAUCCGGAGGAAGCUGAUUUUUUCUAUGUCCCGUUUUUCUCGUCGUUGAGUCUUGUAGUGAAUCCGAUUAGAUCUGGUAAUAAUGUUGUUGCGAACGUGGAUAAGCCUGUGUAUAGCGAUGAGGAAACCCAGGAGUCUUUAAUUGAAUGGUUGGAGCAGCAGGAGAAUUGGAAAAGGAACAAUGGUUGGGAUCAUGUGUUUAUAUGCCAAGAUCCUAAUGCUUUAUACAAUGUUGUGGAUAAGGUGAAGAAUGGGGUGCUGUUAGUUUCUGAUUUUGGAAGGCUGGCUCGUAAUCAGGCAUCUCUUGUGAAGGAUGUCAUUUUGCCCUAUUCACAUCGGAUUAAUUCAUACACUGGGGAUAUUGGUGUUGAACAUCGGAAUUCCUUGCUCUUCUUCAUGGGCAAUCGAUACAGAAAGGAGGGAGGAAAGAUUCGUGAUUUGCUUUUUCAAUUGCUUGAGAAAGAAGAAGAUGUCAUCAUAAAACAUGGUGCUCAAUCUAGGGAAAGCCGUCGUGAGGCAAGAAAAGGGAUGCACACUUCAAAAUUUUGUCUGCAUCCAGCUGGUGAUACUCCAUCAGCUUGCCGCCUUUUUGAUGCUAUUGUGAGCUUGUGUGUCCCUGUAAUCAUCAGUGAUUACAUUGAAUUGCCAUUUGAGGAUGUUGUAGACUACAGGAAAAUUGCAAUUUUUGUUGACUCUAACACAGCUGUGAAGCCGGGGUUCUUGGUUAAAAAGCUCAGGAAAAUAAGCAUGGAGAGGAUUUUGGAAUUCCAAAGGGAGAUGAAAAAGGUGAAGCAUUACUAUGAAUAUGCGGACCCAAAUGGAGCAGUAAAAGAAAUUUGGCGGCAGGUCUCUAGUAAGUUACCACUAGUUAAGUUAAUGAUCAAUCGUGACAAACGUCUGGUGAAAAGGGAGCUCACUGAACCAGACUGCUCUUGUCUCUGUUCAAACCAGUCAGGGAUCUUGACGACAUUAUGAUCCAGGCAAGUGACAUAUUCUCAGUCACUAUCCACUUUGAGCAUUGUGCAUCAUCCGAGAAUGUCUUCUCACCCUUAAAAGUCUCCAACUCUUGGUGUAGAAGAUGGUAAAUCAAGAGGUUGUGCUGUUGUAACUUGUAUCUGCAUUCAUUGAUUAUAAUCCCUUCUAACAGGUAGAUAGUCCAGUUUACCUAAAAAUAAGGAUCGGUUUAGUACAUUUUGAUAUAUACAUAGAUUUACUUUUUCAUUUUACGCUUCCUGGAUGCAUGUAAUUUGAGAAUUGCAGUGGCUAGAAGCAAUUCCUUAUCUGUAGUUACAAUGUUGUACAUCAUGAUAUAUAAAAUUACAGCUAUAUGUAGGUUUUUGCUUCAAAA